UGUGUGUGUGUGUGUGUGUGGGAAUUAUACCUGUGGUUUUGUCACUACUCAUAUGUCGCGAAACCUGCAGUGGUUUACUAAAUUUAAACAGCCAGAAUGUAAAACUCCUGCAGAACUUUUACAAUGUUGAGACUUCUGCUGCUGUUAUGGGUUUCCAAUUACAUUGAAACCAUCCCUAUACAUGUGGCAGGAAAAAAGGGAGGCGGCAUCAUCCUGCCGUGUGAAUUUAAGGCCAGAGAGAUUUUUCAUAUUCGUUUGAACAGACCAAAACCCUUUGAAGGAGAAAUCUUUGUUUAUGAUAAGAAAUACUGCAGUAAGCGAAUAUGUAAAAAAGGAGCAUGUGACGUCGUCAUCAAGGAUCUGAGACUGAGUGAUGCUGGAAAAUACAUUUUAAAUGUCUAUUACAAUAAUGCUAACUCAGUGCUGGAGCCACACAUCAGGACGUACCAACUUCAUAUUUAUGAUGAUAUUUCUGUGAAAAUCGGUGAGGAGCUGAAGUUGGAUGUUCUGCUGCCAAAUGCUCGUCAAGUUAUGCAUCAAAACAUAAGCAGCACAGAAUGGAAGAAGGUGUGGAAGAGAGACAGCAAGUCAAGGGCUAAUAUCACACGCGGUCGACUGAACGACAGUAAUGGGACUCUGAGCAUUAAAAAGUUUACGGCUGAUGAUGCAGGAACAUACAGAGUUCUGGGCUUUGAAGGAGAAAUCUUGAUCACAGUGACAGUCACAGAUGAGAAAUCAAUAUCCUCCACAGAAUCAAAGGGAAAUCUGAACUGCGCGGAUGAUGACAAAGAACGUAAUCACUGGGGAUUGUUCGGGCCGGCGGGACUGUUUGUAUCGGUUGUGUUUACGCUGCUGGUUAUGAUUCUGAUUGCUAUCAUCAAAAAGAUGCAGUGACGAGAUGUUCUGCUCAUCUGUCUUCAGAGCCAAUGUCACAGUCAUGGACUUUCUGUUCCUUUUGUGUUAUCCCUAUUUGGUCAUGUUCCGUUCCUCGUUUUGUUAAUUGAUUAAUCCCCACCUGUUUCCAUUCCCCUCGUUACUUUCCUUGUGUUUAAAAACCCUGUCUGUUUAGUUCCUUUUGGUCCGCUAUUAAUGUUGUAUACUAUGUUUGAAGAUUUGUGUUGGAUGUGCCCUUUUCUCCCGUGAUCAUUAAAAACUAUUUUUGAUA